GCUUCUCAAACCGGCAGAAAUAACUGCGGAACGCCAACAGAAAUAUAAAUGCAUGCGGAUAAUAUUAAUUCUCUCAUAAUUUGAAGUAAAAAUGGACUUUCUUACCGGGAGCCCGUUCUCUUCUCCGGUCGGCCAGCUUAUCCAGAAAGCCACUAGGGGGUCUCUAGAGAAUGAGGAUUGGGGCAUAAACUUGGAAAUCUGUGACAUCAUCAAUGAGACAGAUGAAGGACCCAAAGAUGCAGUGAAAGCCAUAAAGAAACGGAUUGUAGGAAAUAAGAAUUUCAGAGAGGUCAUGCUGGCACUGACUGUUCUCGAGACGUGUGUAAAGAACUGCGGCCAUCGUUUUCACGCCCGUGUAUGCACCCGGGACUUUGUAGAGGGAGUGCUGGUCCGAACCAUUCUCCCCAAGAACAAUCCCCCUAUGGUCUUACAUGACCGAGUCUUAAGCCUCAUUCAGGCAUGGGCCGAUGCUUUCCGGAACGUUCCGUCACUGUCUGGUGUGGUGUGUGUGUAUGACGAUUUGAAGAAGAGAGGCUUAGAGUUUCCUAUGACUGAUCUAGAUGCUCUGUCACCCAUACACACCCCCAUCAGGAGCGUUCCGGAAAACGAUGUGCCUUCUCCACCUGCUGCAGAACCCACGGUGCACAUGCCCAAAGUGGCAAGUGCGCACACUCCGCAGAUCCCCCAGACAAACGGGGCACCUGCACCUAUCUCACCUGAACAGAAACAGAAGCUCAGGGCAGAGUUGGACCUGGUGAAUGGAAACCUGAAGGUAAUGACAGAUAUGCUGAACCAGCUCACACCAGGAGAGAGCUCACCAUCAGACACAGAGCUGCUGCAGCAGUUGUACUCGGUGUGUAAAAACAUGCAGGCACGAGUAGUGGAGUUGAUCCCCAGUGUAUCUGAGGAAGAGCUGAUUGGAGAAUUGCUCAUGAUCAACGAUGAGCUGAACAAUGCUUUCAUACGCUAUGAAAGGUUUGAAAGGCUGAACACUGCCCAAAGAACACCCACGGAACAACAAGUGGCAGGAAACCUCAUAGACCUUAGUCCAGUUUCAGCACCAGCCAAUCAGACCUUACUUCCACCAGUCAGCCAGCCAGUGACCCAGCCUACAUCUAAUCCUGUAAUGAGUGCAGCUGCAGGAGCUGCUGAUGAUGAAGAAUUUGAUAUGUUUGCUCAGACGAGAGGAAGUUCACUGGCUGAGCAGAGAAAGAGUGUUAGAUACGAGGACCCUGGUGCAGUAGAGGGGCUAGCAGGAGCGCUCGACACUAGGCUCCAAGUCACAGCAGGGGAUGAGGCAGGUGACUGGAGUCGUCAGUCUCAGUGGAUAUACAGUGAGGAACUGACACCAGCACCUCAUAACGCUGCUAUGGAUGAUAUUGAGAAGUGGUUAUCUUCAGAAACGUAUGAUGAUGAUGAUGAAGAAGAUGGUGUUACUAGUGAAGAGUUUGAUAAGUUUUUAGAGCAGAGGGCGAAAGUAGUGGAACACCUCCCUUCUAUGAAGAAAAGCUCCUCGACUCCUGCGAACUCUGGACAAUCAGCACAGAAACAGGAGAGCACUCAGGAUCAGCUCUUCACCCUGUAACACACUCAGGUUAACGGGAGAAGAAUAGAGAAGCAGGUAGCACAAAUACACUGCUCAGAACUGCUCUGUACCGUGCCUUUUCAGUGAACGUCAACAUUUCAUCCAAUGAUGGAUUAACUAUAAGAAAGCCAUUGAAGAGGUGAAAUGCUUUUUUUGUCUGCUUUACUGUCUUUAAAUGCACAGUUCAAGAUACCUUUUUUUAAAAACUACCAGCAGUGCCUGUUUACAUGUAGAGAUUUAUUUUUUUUUUUGGUUAAUCAAAUGAAUUAAUUCGGAUUAUAGCUUCCCAACAGGAUGUACACUAUAUAUCUUGCUGAAAGUCUGCAGUCUUUGUUUACAUAUGUUUCAUGUAAUCUGAAAAAAAAAGUUCAAAUGUCUGUAAAGAUUUCAUGUCAAUGUCAUAAUAACAAGAAGUACCUCGUAAUAUGUAGAACGUAAUAUGCCGCUGGCUUUAGUCAAGUGUUCAAUUUUUUUUUUUUCUUUUAACAAGCUUUGUCUUUUC